AUGAGCGACGUUGUGAUGCACCUAGGAGGCUUCGCUUGGCAAGCAACGGACAAGAGCGAAUCCAAUCCAGACCGCCGUAUUAAGUUGGCGACCGACACAACCAGAUCUCCCAAAGUCCCGCUCCGUCAACGAUCGCUGGGUGCCAUGCCGGGUAUAGCGCGCUAUCGCUCCGACUCAGCGGCGACCGAACCGCGUCUCAGUAUCUGUAGCACAUCCGGCACGGUGUACGAGAGCGUCGUGGUGGUGGGACAUAUGUAUGGCUCGGAUAAGGUCGUGUACUACCUAUUGGAAGUGCGGUCGUGGGAGAUGCCGCUCGAGGGCUACGUGGUGCGGCGUCGCUACAAUGAUUUCUUCAAGUUCCACCAGGAAUUGACCGAAUGCAUGCCCUCACAACGCCGUCGAAGCAGCACAAGCCUCGGCUUCGGCUACUCCUCACUGCUAUGCAAUCCACUGACCAGCGCGACACCGGAGUCUUCCCCACUUUGGUCACCUGUGCGGACGGACGACGGACGUUCAGACCAGAGGAGAGGAUCUUGGAUCAGCGAGGACAGCAGCAUUUCACAACCUCAAGUGGAGGACAAUGAUACGAGGAGCAGUGCCCCUACUACACUGACCGGAGUAUCGAGCUACAAUAAUGACUCGGUGCUACCGCUGGACGCCGUCAAGUUCAAUCUGGCCGGGCGUCCGUGGUUGCCGCCGAUGCCAAAUGGCGGAAUGCUCACCGUGUUUACUACUCGUCGUGCACUCAUCAACUACCGCAUCGAACAAUUUAACCACAUCCUGGCAGCCGUGAUGAGCGACAAGUCCAGCGACGUGGCCAAACUGCUCAUGAACUUUAUCCAGGAGAAACCAGGCACGCAGACGCAGACGUACACAAAUCUGUCCGAGUACGCACCCAUCGACAUCCCGUUAAACGUGGAGCGGUACGCGCGACGGCGGGCUAUGUCCAUAGGUAAACGCCAGUUGCGCGACCAAGCAUCCUCGCCCGUUCCCAGUGGUUGCAACUGGACGGCCGAAGAUGAGCUUGAAGCGCUGCAGAUCUCCUACGAGACGAUGCGAGACCAAACCGAGAGUACAAGCUCCAAAUGA